CCCGCUCGGCGUCUCCAGGCAGCCGGAGGCCGGGCUCGAGCGAGCGCGCCGACAACUCCGCUCCCGCUCCCCAGCCCCGGCGCUUGAUGGCGGCUCCCCGCUAACCUCGAGCUUUACACCGCACCAUCUCUCGACGGAAACACCCCCCCCCCCGCCAAAACAACAACAACAAAAAACUAACUCUGAACUUUGGGGCGCGAUCUUACCGGCUGUCCAUGUCGAAGAGGUUAAGGAGCAUCGACGUCUGCGCUGACUGCAGUGUCGCCGAUCCUCGCUGGGCAUCGAUAAACAGGGGUGUUUUGAUGUGUGAUGACUGCGGCAGUGUGCACCGCAGUUUGGGGCGACAUAUCUCUCAGGUACGACACCUGACGCACACACCUUGGCCUCCUACACUGUUACAGAUGGUACAAAUGCUUGUUGCCAAUGGGGCAAAUUCAAUCUGGGAGCACACCCUGCUGGAUCCUACAUCAGUGAGUGGAAAGCGUAAGGCCAGCCCUCAGGAUAAAGUACAUCCAAAUAAAACAGAAUUCAUCCGAGCCAAAUAUUCGAUGCUGGCAUUUGUCCAUCGUUUGCCUUGCCGUGAGGAUGACAGUGUUGCAGCCAAAGACCUGAGCAAACAAUUACACUCAAGUGUGCGGACAGGGAAUUUGGAGACCUGCUUACGACUCCUCUCGUUAGGAGCCCAAGCAAAUUUCUUUCACCCUGAGAAAGGAAACACUCCUCUUCAUGUAGCAAGCAAAGGAGGACAGAUUCUACAGGCAGAGCUGCUAGCAGUAUAUGGUGCUGAUCCCGGUGCCCCUGAUGCCAAUGGCAAGACUCCAAGCGACAAUGCAAGGCAAGCAGGACACCAUGAGCUCGCAGAUCGUUUGGUAGAAAUCCAGUACGAACUCACCGAUCGACUAGCCUUCUUUCUCUGUGGAAGGAAACCAGAUCACAAAAAUGGACAGCACUUCAUAAUUCCACAGAUGGCUGAGAGGCACCUUAGUUUGGACUUGUCAGAAUUAGCAAAGGCAGCAAAGAAAAAACUUCAAUCGUUAAGUAAUCACUUAUUUGAGGAGCUAGCUAUGGAUGUAUAUGAUGAAGUAGAUCGUAGAGAAACCGAUGCAGUUUGGCUAACGACUCAAAAUCACAGCACCCUGGUUACCGAAACAACAGUCAUUCCCUUCCUUCCUGUGAAUCCAGAGUAUUCCUCAACUAGAAAUCAGGGGAGGCAGAAGCUGGCACGGUUUAAUGCUCACGAGUUUGCCACUCUCGUCAUUGACAUUUUAAGCGAUGCUAAGCGGAGACAACUUGGAAAUCCUGUCACCAGUCCCAAAGAUAAUGUGGAACUUGUACUGAAGAGCAUUAAUGAUCGUCAAGGAAGCCAUGACAAUGAUCAGCCUGAUUAUGACAGCGUUGCUUCAGAUGAAGAUACGGAUCAGGAACCAGCAACUAAAGCAAACAGAGCAAAGAGCAUGCACUUUGAUCUGUCAGGUGGCCCAAUUACCUUGCAGGAAUACAUGGAGGUGAAAAACGCCCUCAGUGCUUCCGAGGCAAAGGUGCAGCAGCUGAUGAAAGUGAACAGCAACCUGAGCGAUGAGCUGCGUCUGAUGCAGAAGAAACUCCAAACGUUGCAGAGUGAAAACACCACCCUCAGGCGGCAGGUCACUACGAAUAUCUAUCAAGUUCCCACCUGUCCAGAGUACCCAGGUCCCUCCAAUCCUUCAUCCUUAAAACGGCGCCCGUCCGCACGUGGCAGCCGGCCUAUGUCCAUGUACGAAACUGGCUCUGGUCAAAAACCCUAUCUCCCACUGGGGGACGUCACCUACACAAAGGACAGUAUUGCAGGACUUCAGCCCUUCCCUCAACAUAUUGGGAGGAGUGCCUUUGUGACCUCCUCUUCAUCUUUACCCUCCUUCCCUUCCACGCUUUCAUGGUCCCGGGAUGAGAACACCCGAAGGGCAUCAAAACUUGAGAAACAAAACAGCAUGCCAGAUAGUGACUACGAUAAUGCAGCAAAUAACUUGGAACUGGAUGAGACAGGCUCUUGCCGAAAGGGUAAGCCUAAGAGCAUAGGACGGCACGGGGAGAACCCUAUUCUGGAAGCAGAUGACCCAGAUGUGGAACCAGACUCCACGCUCCCCAGUACGGAGGAUGUCAUUCGGAAAACCGAGCAAAUCACAAAAAAUAUUCAGGAGCUGUUGCGUGCUGCACAAGAAAACAAGCAUGAGAGCCGGCAGAUUGAACGUGAGAGCCUGCGCAAGUUGAGGCACAGCCUUGGCUGUUUCAGUACGUUGGUUCUGCGGGCCGACAAAUCUUCCCUUCAGCCUCUGACCCUGCAGCAGCAGCGGCCUGACCCUGCCACCUGCUUUAUGCCCUGCUCAGAAAGGAUACAUGUUGCUGUAGCUGAGAUGGCAGCUCUUUUCCCAAAGAAACCUCGCUCCGAGAUGGUUCGGGCCUCGCUGAAUCUAUUAACUUCAAGUGCGUACAGACUCCAGUCGGAAUGCAAGAAAGCACUGCCUGCAGAACCCAGUCCCACAUCUGACAUUCGGCUGGUAACACAGCAAGUGAUCCAGUGUGCAUAUGACAUUGCCAAAGCUGCCAAGCAACUCGUCACUAUAAUGACAAAAGAAAACAACUGAUCACAAUCUUCCACUUUUUAUUUACAAGAUUUUUUUUUAUAGAAGAAAACUAUUUUGAAUAUGCACCAGAUGUGGUCUGGGCUUUCUGUCAGUAUUAUGUUUGCAUGCUUUUUAAUAUGAUUUACUUUUUUUAUAUCAAAGUCGUUUUCUUUCUACUUCUGUUUGUGGCCAUGGGGCUAAAUCUGGUGCUUUUGUUGUUGUUGUCACUUUCCACUGGUUGGAUGUUGCCUUCAGGGAGCUAAAGCAGGCAGAUACAUUGUUAAUUAGAAUUGUGCAUCUUAGUAUUUGAAGUGUAUUCAUGGCAGAAAUAUAUAACAACGUAUGAGCUCUUCAAAUGUUUCCAAAUGAUAUCUCGUUAGGGGAAAUAUUGUUUGAAGUUCCUUAAUUAACUAGGGCGAGGUUGAAAAAGAACUCUGCACUCGCCAUGACGAUAAAUAUGAUUAAAGUUAUUGAUCAAAGGCAGGCAGGGUUCAGAACCCAGCGGGCAAUAGAGUGGGAAUGGGUGUGUGUGGUGGAAAAUAGCAAGACAGUGCAAACUGGAGAAGAGUGAUACUGAAGUUAGAUUUUGGGAAACAAUUUAGAUUGUACAGGAAAGAGAUAUUUGAGAGUGGUGCUGUAUUUAAUGGGCUGCAGUGGUAAAACUCUGAUUAUGGAAUUGAUUAGAAAUUUCAGCUGAACCCAAAUGUCAAUGGGGUGUUGCUGGGCACUUUCCCUUUGUUAAUCCAGUGGCCAAAUUUCAGCUGCAAGUAUUACCUAAAAAGGGGAGAAAUUAUACAUCUGUGGGGAAAGAGCAAGGUGUGGGGCUGUUUGGAUAGUUGAGCACAGAAUACAAGAGGCCAAAUUUCUGAGCUCUAUCCUAAUAUAUUUGUGAAAUAUUCACAGGUUGCCAUUUCUUAAUAAAUAUUUGGAUGACAUUUAAUUUUAAAGAAUGUCAUGUUUUCUCCAGCCUGUAUUGUCAGCGGGCAGUUGUCUGUGCUCAGUUGAUCAUGGACACUGGGUAGCUUGCUGUUUUUUUUUUAAUAUAGCCAUUUCAGUGUUUUAAACAAUCCUUACUAUGCCUUCAAUAACAUGCACAAAUUUUAAACCAUGAUCUGUAAUGUUUAUAGAAAAUUUAGUCUGGUCAAAGCGUUGUUGAGAAAGAAGCCAUACUCAAUAUUACUUUGUGCAUAUUGUACCUCACACUAUCACAGCUUGUGACCUACAUGACUGACAGCAAGGAUCAAUGCAAUCUACUGCUUGUACACCCAACACUUAAGAUUGAUCAGAUUUUCUUCCAGAAGAUAAUUUACAAAUGUGUGUUUGGGUCGUACAUGCAGAAGUUAUUUAUUGUACAGAUUUGUAUGUCAUUUUGUUUUUCCAAUCAAUUCUCAAAACUGCCUAUUUUAGUGUGAGUUGGACAGCUUUUAAUAUUGACUAAAGUAGUAAUGUGGUCAGUAAUUUGUAGUGAAACUUGUAGAUUAUGGCAGCGGAUCACUGUCAAAGCCAAACAAAUGGCAUAAUGCAUUACUUAACAUGGAGUUCAAUGGGGAAAGUGUUAAGAGAAAAUCGCAAGACGGAAGGUUUUAUAGGAAUGCAACCCCACUGAAAUGUAACAGACUGCCUGUACUGAAAUCUUGUAAGUAAAGAUUUAAUUUUUGUCUAGCAAUGCAACAGUAAGAUUCAUUGCUUCAGUUCUGGCACAGGAACAUUAACAUUUAGAAUUUAGUUUAGAAACACGGGGGAAAAAAAUAAGAUGAGCACAUCUUCCUUUGGAGUGGUAACAACCGUGGUUUUGAAUUCACCUGGAAUUAGCAGGAGUAUUGCAGAAGACACUCGAUUUUUAUGCAAGUAAUUUUUGAAACGGUAACUGGUCUGCCUGGACAACUAUGAAUCUACACCCAGACUAAUCAGUGUAAAGCACAGUGUGGAUUUGAACUGGCAGGACCAGUCCAUAAGUGCACUUCCUGCCAGCAACUGAGUGAUUGGCAGCAGCGUAUCAGGGAAACACUUCGCCCUGAGCAGUCUCCCGCGUAAAGGGAAAAACUAAAGAGAUAAGGUAGUGGGAACAGUUAAUGAAGGAGGGAUUAAUCAGGAUCGUAUCGUGUGUCUCUUUGACAAGAUGAUGCCAUAGUGCGUUUGUGAACUUUGGUUAGGUUCAACGUGGGAAACGAAACCUUCCUAAAGUAACCAAAGUGCUGUGGAUUUAGCACAAGCAAAGCUAAGAAGGGGAGAGCAGCGAAUGUAUGCAGGUUGUACUCGGGGUCUUUUAUUUUGAGCAUGGAAAACAAAGGCGAGGGUGGGUUUUGUGGUUCUGUAUUGAUAUAUGAAUUGGUGACUGAACAUUCAUUAUAAGUGGCACUUCCAGCCUGAAGCUGAAUCUAGGCACGAGCCAACUGCUCACAGCUCUUGGGUGGAAUUUGACAAAUCAUUUUUCGUCAUUUUGUUCUGUUCAAAGAAAUGUCACCUUUAUGAUGGGUGUACCUAUUUUUUUUUCUUAGAUCUCCCUCUCCAGAAUGAAUGAAUCCUGACAUUAACCUUUGCACUGUACUUGUCUUGUAGCUCUUUCUGUGUAAUAUUUGUACGUCACUUUCAGCAGCUACUGGUUAUAUUGAAACCAACCAAGCAUGUACAGUUUGUAAUGAUGUGUUUAGUCUGAUUUAUUAAAUACAUUACAUGAUGUAUA